CUUUAAUCUCAGAAUUCUGACUUUUUUCUCAAAAUUCUGACUUUUUUCUCAGAAUUCUGACUUUAAUGCAGGUGAGCACCUGGAAGCAUCUGGGUGCAACCAGCUUCAUCGCCUGAGAUGUGAGUCGUGCAGGGGAACGUCCAGCAAUCUUGGGGAACAUGUCAGAUUUAAGUGACUUUUUACGUGGCUGAGGGGUUCCUGAAGAUGCCAUUUCAUUAUUGGAAGAGCAGAAGAUUGAUUGGGAUGUCAGCGCUGAUGGAUGAUGCAACUCUGGCAAAUUACAUCCCUUCCUAUGGAGACCGAAUUGCCCUCUUCAAUUUCUGCAAAAGCAAACAACCACUCUCAAAAAGAAAACAGGGUCUUCUGCAGAAGCUUCGUGAGAAAAUGAAAACCAAAAAGGAAAGUCCAAAGGAAAACACCUCUCAAGAAAGAACAAGACAGACAAAGAAGCAAAAAGCAACACGAAAUAUUGAGAUAGGAUGGAUACAUACUGAUGGAAAAAUAACCAAACAGGGUCCUGAGACAGAUUUUGAGUUUGAGGUUUGGGACUUUAAACAGAACCACCUUACUGAUGACACCUGCCUGACGAUUGGCAAUAUGUAUGAAGCAGCGAGGCUGACAAUGUUACGCUUCUACAUUGCAACAAAGCCAAAAGUUCCUGAAGAAGAUGGCAGUGAGACAUCCAAAGUCAUAUUUGUCUUGGAAAGCAGUAGCAGUGAAAUUAAUCCAUUGCAAAUGUGGGAAGUCAGGAGUUCUUCUGUUGAUGCCCACCCUGGUUUAGAACCUUCAGAUGAUUCAGAAAUUACCUUUGGUCCCAUUCUUAAUGCUGAGGAAGAUACAGAAGACACAUUAAUCUAUCAGGGUUUUCUUGUACCCCUCAGUCCAGCUAAUCCAGAUGAUGUAAUAACAAUCACUGUACAUCAUACUAACACUUUACAUGACAUUAUUACUGCUUUCUCUGAUUCAGAUAUUAUGAGAAAAACACUGAAUGUGAAGCGCAUACUUCCAGACAACACAGAAGAAGCAGGCAGUUGCUCAGGGAUACUAAGAGAUGUUCUCACCUGCUUCUGGAAUGAAUUCUAUGAGCGAUGCACCCUCGGUACAACAGUUAAAGUGCCCUUCAUUCGCCAUGAUUUUCCUGCUGAAAAAUGGAAGGCAGUUGGACGAAUACUUUUGAAAGGUUACCAAGACUGUCAGUAUUUUCCAAAUAAACUUGCAAUCCCUUUUCUUGAACAAGUGCUUUUCAGUAGCGUUUACAGCGAUCUUAAAGCACAUUUUCUACAGUUUGUCAGCAGCCAAGAAUGUGAGGUUUUGAGGGAAGCAGUCAAGAAUUUUUCUGCUGUUUACCAAGAUGAUCUUGUGGAGGUUCUUGACAGUUAUGGCUGUAGAAAAAGAAUAACUGCCGAGUCUCUUCCUACAAUCCUUUAUGAAAUAGCACACAAAGAGCUUGUCCAAAAACCAAUGUUCGUCAUUGACUGCUGGAGAGAGAUCAUCUAUCCACAUAUUUCCCUCAGUCCAGAGGCACUGAUCAAGUUGUUCUCAGACCUGCAACCAACAUCAAAAAAAGUCUGCCAACUGCUGAAAUUUGCUGAGGAUUUGUCUCCAAAGCAAAUAGAUGUGGGAAAUCAUCUCAAAAGAUUCAUCAGAGAGCUGGAUGACAUUAAACGUCAGGAAUUUAUGCGAUUCUGCACUGGAUCUGAUCUUAUAGUAACAAACAGUAUUUUUGUGGAAUUUCAAGAUAUGACGGCAUUCACAAGAAGACCAGAGGUUUUGAGGGAAGCAGUCAAGAAUUUUCCACACAUGUGGAAGUAUUCUGCAAAUAGCUGA